GGUUGAGAGAACUUAGUCUGGCCGCGACUUUCGAUCGAGAACAAUGGUAGUGCAGAGCAGCUAGCAGAGUUUGCCGAAAUCCGCUAAGCCAAGCAAAUAAAUGCACUAAUCAUUCAUCAGUAUUCGGCCAGUACGCAUCGUUUUAACGACUUUGAAAACUAGUUUGAGCAUAAAUUAAAUACAAACAAACACGAAAACAACAACAGAAUAAAGAUGACAACGGAUACGGCGAAGGGCGUCAUAAACAAUGGCUACGAACUGGAUCAUAGGGAACUGGAGAUACCAAAUUCGGAACCAUUCAAGGAAAUUCCACGCGAAGACCGUAACUUGCCGCAACAGGGAGAAGAUGGAAAGGGAUUCUUCUACAACAAUCCGAAAAUGGGACGCAUCGUGAAGAUUUCAGUAUACAUUCUAUUACACGUUGUGGUCGUGGGCUACUUCUCGUAUGCCACUUAUCACUAUAAUGACAUCACUAAUUACGAGUGCAAUUGGAGCUCAGAUAAUCCUCUUUGUGGCAUCAAUUUCUGCUCUGGCUAUGGUAUGCUCUUACUCCUGCUGGUAUUCGUGUACUUUGGUCUGUUCUACUACUUUAUAUUCAAGCCCAAAGUGGGAAUCUGGCUACACAGGGAGUACCUAAAGCCGGCUGCCCAAAAGUGGCACAACUUUAGCAGAACCAGAGCUGUCUCGCUGGCCAGCAUAGCCUUGUUACUGGUCUUCCUAGCCAUCUUCCUGUACUUCGAGACUAAGGACGAACCGCAGAAGCUGGUGUCGAUGGUAGCCCCCUGCUUCUUCAUCCUGUGUGGCUAUUGCUUUUCCACAAAACGCAGUGCUAUCAAGUGGCGCGUAGUGAUCACAGGAAUCACGUGCCAAUUCCUGCUGGGCAUAAUCUGCAUUCGCUGGGAGGUGGGACGCAAUAUCUUCGAUUGUCUGGGCAAGAAAGUCGCAACGUUCCUCGACUACGCCAAAGAUGGGGCCCAGUUUGUCUUCGGCGACUUCCUGAUUCAAACCGAAGUCUUUGCCUUCGCCAUUCUUCCCGUGAUUUUCUUCUUCAGCUUUUUCAUCUCCAUUUUGUACUACAUGGGCGCUAUGCAGUGGGUGGUGGUCAAGCUGGGUUGGAUACUGCAGCAGUUACUUGGCACAACCGUCUGCGAAAGCGUGACCGCCGCGGCUAACAUCUUCCUGGGCAUGUCCGAGAGUCCCCUGCUCAUCCGGCCCUAUAUCAACAAGCUGACUAAGAGUGAAAUACACAGCAUAAUGGUCUCCGGAUUUGCGACAGUCUCCGGCACAGUGCUGGCUGCCUAUUUGUCCUUCGGGGCAUCUGCGGCGCAUUUAAUUACCUCCUCAGUAAUGGCUGCCCCAGCCACUCUGGCAAUCUCCAAACUCUAUAUGCCGGAGACCGAAGAGAGUCAGACCACAUCGGAGUCCAUUGAGCUGGAGAAAUCCCAGGACUCGUCCUUACUCGAUGCUGCGUCCAGCGGUGCCAGCAAUGCCGUGCCCAUUGUCCUGGGUAUCAUUGCCAAUAUCGUGGCUUUUGUAGCCUUCGUCGCCUUCCUCAACGGCAUAGUCAAUUGGCUUGGAUAUCUGGUGGGCGUCGAUGAUAUCGACUUUGAGUGGAUAUUCUCAAAGCUGUUCAUUCCGCUCGUCUGGGCCAUGGGCGUGCCGAGCCAGGACUGUAAUCUCGUUGCUAAGGUCGUGGCCACAAAGACUAUAAUCAACGAGUUUGUGGCCUACGAACGACUGGGCGCAUACAUAGUAGCGGGCGACAUCACAGCUCGCAGCGGAGGAAUCGCCACGUUUGCCAUCUGCGGCUUUGCCAAUCCCAGCUCCCUGGGCAUCCUCAUUGGCUCUCUGAGUGUCAUGGCCCCGCAUCGACGCUCAACCAUCACCGCGGUGGCCUUCAGAGCCUUUGUCGUGGGCAGCAUUGUGUGCUUUGUGUCGGCCAGUUUUGCAGGCAUACUUCUACAAGAAGGCGACGAAAGAGCGAACUACGACAGGAUCAUACAGAAAUUGGCUAGCAGAAAUGCCACGCACGUCUAGGAAUACACAGGUUUAAAUCUUAAAUCUUUAUAGGCAGCUUAUCAUCUUAAGAAUAAUAAAAAAAAACCUGUUAUUUAUUAAACCAAA